GCGUGAUUUAGUGAUGUACGAUAAACAUUACUACUUGACCUAUGACUUACAUGGCGGGCGUCGUCGUUGAAACGUUGAGUGGUACAUCGAAGGUAUUUAACAAAAGGGUGUUUAAACCAACAUGGCGAAGAUUCCCAUUAAACCUGUUCUAGCCGGAUAUACUGGAGAGGAGUAUGCAGAUGUGUUUGACAAACGGGCCAUGCCAAAACCUACAACAGAACUUAAAGUAGGACAGCUAUCAGAAGAAGACGUCAGGAAGUUUUUUGAAGACGGAUAUAUACUUGUAAAGGAUGUAUUUCGGAAGGAGACUCUGGAAGCCUGCAAGGCAGCUAUUAACGAAAUGGUUGAGGAUCUGGCUCAAAGUUUAUAUAAAGCAGGAAAGAUCACAGAUUUGUGUAGAAACUCUGGGUUCCCUAAUAGAUUGAUCCAGCUAGAAAAACAGUUCGCCGGAACAAGUAUCCUGUUUAUAAAGCAGGCCCGACUGAUGCGAGCAUUUAAGGACCUGUGGACGGACGAAGUCUUACUGAACAUAAUAGAACAGCUGAUCGGACCCGACAUAGCCGGCCAUCCGGUAUGGAAUCUCCGUGCAAAAAUACCCAGAGAUGAAGCUACAACAGUUCCAUGGCACCAAGAUAGUGGAUACCUGGACACAAAUAGUUAUCGCGUGCUACAGCCGACAGCUUGGAUACCAUUCGUGGAUACUACUGAAAGUAACGGUUGUUUGCAAAUUAUGAAGGGUGGCCACAAAUCCGGGAAGGUUGCCACACACCAGUGUUGUCAUGGCGGCACGUGGUAUGUUAUGUUAGAGGAGGAAGAGAUGGAGAAAACAUUAGGUAUUGACGUGAUGACAGACCUCCGGACCUGUCCAGUCCCUUUAGGAAGUAUGCUUCUGUUCAAUAAUCUAAUACCUCACAGAAGUUUAAACAACGUCUCGGACCACAUUCGCUGGAGUGUAGACUUACGCUGGCAGAACCCACACCAUCCCUAUGGAUAUUACGACCUCAAGGAAGGGGUCGUCUUCCGGACGAAGGACAAUCCAAACCCUGUAGUGGACUGGGAUAAAUUCGAAGGAGUGGACAGAUUCCAGAUCACUGCUGAUGCUGUUAAAGACAAACCACAGGACGAAAAGGACGCGGAGUUUGACACCUCAAUACAAGGACCUUGGAUGAAGAAAUGGGAAAUCGUCCAUAUGAAUCAACAUGUGCUUAAAAUGCAGAGUGAAGAAAAAUCCGCAUAAAGGCCUAGUCACAAAGGGAGACAAAUAAAAUCGUUUCCUAUGUUUUGUUAACUGAACAAUUGAAAGGUAAAAUGUGAAUACGGAUCAAUGUUUAAUCUAGGUCUAGUCACGAAACAAUAAACAUAAAUGUAAACGUGAAUUUGUUUUGUUUAACCUGGCUAGUCACACAAGCCGAAACCACAAAUACAUUAAUGCUACAAUUUAAUAUUAAUUGAAAUAAUUACCCUUAAUCUUUUUGUUUUUAUUCAUGAAAAUUUUGUUGAAAUCUAAAAUUUGGUACUUUACAGAUAUAGGCUGGUAUUUUAACUGAAUUUAGAAUUAAAUACCGGUACUUUGAAUAUAUGAUAUAUACAGAUGUUUUUAACACCUAAAUACAGGUAGUUAAUGAAUAGCCAAAAGGUAAAUUUAUACUUUUAAUAUGUAGAUUUUACAAAUCUUUAAAGGCUAAUAAAGACUGACUGGUGAAACAAGAAAAAAAAAAUUGAUAUUUUUCAAUAGCGAAAAAUACAACUUUUCUGGUAUUUUUCACUAGUGAAAAUAUCACUUUUAUAGAUGAAGAAUUUUUCAAUAGUUCACUGGUUAAAAUAAAUCGAACUAUUAUUCUUUUGUACGUCUCCAUCCAGAUUCUGUCUUUUCUUCCAUUUAUUUUGAAUUUCGACAGUCACCACCUAUGGGUAUCUACGUUUAGGUACUUCGUGAAACUGAGUCUUAGUCGGACGAAAAAUAUGCA